ACAUUUCACGUCUCUCUCUCCCUCUACAAUGGCCACUCUCCCCACAACACAAGAAAAAACUGUCUCACAUGCAUUUGACUACAAGGGUUUCCCAGCAGAGAGAUCAAAAACCGGUGGUUGGACUUCAGCUUCAAUGAUAUUAGGAGGAGAAAUUGCGGAGAGGUUGGCAACACUUGGCAUCACUGUGAAUUUGGUAACAUAUUUAACCGGUACAAUGCAUUUAGGAAAUGCAGAUUCUGCCAACAUUGUUACAAAUUUUGUUGGAACCUCAUUUAUGCUUUGUCUGUUCGGUGGCUUUCUAGGCGACACUUACGUUGGAAGAUACCUUAACAUCGCUGUCUUUGCAGCCGUUCAAGCAUCUGGUGUUGCUCUCUUGACGAUAUCAACUAUAAUUCCAAGCUUAAGUCCUCCAAAAUGCAUGGAACAUACACCUUGUGUACAAGCAAACACCAAACAGUUAAUGAUUCUGUUUGCGGCGCUUUAUGUCACGGCAUUAGGCACUGGAGGUUUGAAAUCCAGUGUUCCUGGCUUUGGUUCAGAUCAAUUUGAUGCUACUGAUAAACAAGAGAAGAAGCAGAUGAUUAAGUUUCUCAAUUGGUUCUACUUCUUUGCAAACAUAGGAUCUUUGAUUGCAGUGACGGUUCUUGUGUAUAUUCAAGAUCAUCAAGGGAGAGAUUGGGGUUAUGGUAUAUGUGUCUGUGCUAUUGUGCUAGCACUUGUUGUGUUUUUGGGUGGCACCAGAAAGUAUCGGUACAAGAAACCGGUAGGUAGUCCGUUGACUCAGAUUGCGGUCGUGUUUGUGGCUGCUUGGAGGAAGAGGAACUUGCAAUUGCCCUCUGAUUCUGCAGAGCUCUUUACCGAUGAUGAUGGCGUCUUACAUGAACCUCCUAGGAUGAUCAAGCAGAGAUUGCCACACAGCAAGCAGUUUCGUUUCUUGGAUAAAGCUGCAAUCAAGGACUUUGCGAGUGCCGGUGGAAUCAUGAAGAUAAAUAAGUGGUAUCUUUCUACCUUAACAGAUGUUGAGGAAGUGAAACUGGUGCUAAGAAUGCUUCCUAUAUGGGCCUCAACGGUCGUGUUUUGGACAGUUCAAGUUCAAAUGAUGACACUCUCGGUAUCACAGGCAACAACCAUGGAUCGUCGCAUUGGAAAAUCAUUUCAAAUCCCAGCUGCAUCAAUGACCUCCUUCUUAAUCGGAACUAUUCUCCUAACCAUCCCUUUUUACGACCAUUUCAUUAGUCCAGUUGCAAAAAAAGUUCUUAAGAAUCCACAAGGGCUUAGCCCGUUACAACACACUGGAGUUGGUUUAGUUCUGUCAAUCUUAUCUAUGGUAGCGGCCGCUCUUAUUGAGAAAAAGCGAUUAACAUUCACGCAAUCACAUGGUUUGUUUAACAAUCCAUCCGGAAAGACCCGGCUAAGUGUUUUCUGGUUGGUGCCACAAUUUUGCAUCGUAGGCUCCGGGGAAGCCUUCAUGUAUAUGGGACUACUCGACUUCUUUCUCAGAGAAUGUCCAGACGGAAUGAAAACUAUGAGCAUGGGACUAUUCUUAAGCUCGAGAUCACUAGGAUUUUUCUUCAGCUCGUUGUUAGUGUCUACGGUGAAUAAAAUAACAGGUCCAAUUCAGCCAUGGAUUGCAAAUAAUCUCAACCAAGGAAGGCUUUAUAACUAUUACUGGCUUUUGGCUAUCUUGAGUGCUAUAAAUUUGUUUAUAUAUUUGGCUUGUGCAAAGUGGUAUGUGUACAAAGAUAAGAGGGUUUCUGAGGAAAGCAUGGAAGAGUAAGCGAUGUUUGAACACCAUAUUUACUGAAAUAGCUAUUAAAAACAUAUAAGUUGCCAUGCCACCAUAAGUUGUUCUUUUAUUGGUUUAUUUUAUAUUGAUUUUCCAAUUAUUAUUGUUCUUGCACAAAUAUUGUAUUGUUCUGACAUAGCAUUGGAAAAAAAAUGACUAUGCUGCUACUUGCCAU